AGGUAUUUUCUCUAAGAUCACAUCUCUGAAAUGACAGAGCGGAUGGAAGAAGAUAGGCCUGGCAGCCCUCCUUUCAAGAGCUUAGCUUCUUUGCCAUCGAGUUAUGCUGACCUCGGUGAUGGGCAACAUUUCUGCAUUGAUGGGCUGGAGGAGAAGCUGUCUCAGUGUCGGAAGGACCUGGAGGCUGUGACCUCCCAGCUCUAUAGGGCAGAACUGAGUCCUGAGGACAGGAGGUCUCUGGAAAAGGAGAAAACCACCCUCAUGAGCAGAGCCUCCAAGUAUGAGAAGGAGCUAAAGCUGCUUCGGCAAGAGAAUCGGAAGAACAUGCUCCUCUCGGUGGCCAUCUUCCUCCUCCUCGCUCUACUCUAUGCCCACUGGACGAUGUGAGUCAGCCGUCCUCAGCCAUGCAGGUUCCCUUCCACUCUCUACUCAGGGACCAAGCAACCUUUCAAGCUCAAGACGGAGGUGGGGGCCUUUUCCCCCUGUGGUUGCCCAGCAGCUGCAGCAGAAAGGCAUGGUACUGCCUCCUCCUAGUGCUCAGUCGAGGGGCAAUAAAGAGCCCCAAGCUCUGCUGUCUAGUGA